AUGGCCAGCGGCAUUGUGUGCCCCGGAUACGAGGACAAAAAGCCGUUGACUUGGGUUACUCCCAAUAAGCCUACGGCACGGACGUGGAGGGGCAGAAGACCGGCAUUUGAUAAACUCGGAGACGCCAAGAAGGACCAAAAACCCGGCGAAAAGGAAGAGGCGGCCCGAAAGGCCAUCUAUGAUAGUCAGCUUAUGCAUAUCUUCCCCCGUCAAGAGCUCCGGACAGAGACAUGUGACAUCGCCGAGGCGUCGCACUACUGGAACGAAUAUGUCUACCCCUGCUUCUACUCAAACCAGUUGACCAAAAGCCCAUGGGUGGUACCCAUUUCCAACAUUCACACCAUGAAACCAUAUCGAAGGCAUGGCCUGGUCACCAUGGCAAUCGAGCACCGCAUGGCGCGCCUAUCACCAUCCAAAGGUGACCCCUACGCCGCCGAGGUGAGAGCUAGAGCUUACCAGCACCGCUUCACCGCGAUCCAAGCCCUGAACAAGGAGAUCGAGAACGAAAGCACGAGAUGUUCCGAUGCCACACUAGGUGGCGUGAUUGUUUUUCUCUUUGGCGAUUUGAUGGGAGCAGCAACGGCGCCCAAUUGGCGUGUUCACAUAAACGGGUUUGCAGCGUUGGUCGAUUUGCGUGGCGGUUGGGAAAAGCUCUGUCAACAAUCACCGCAUCUCAAGUCUCUAGUCCUUUUUUGCAAAGUCGUCGAAAACUUCGCCAACACAACGAGUCCAGCGCACGAUCAGACAUCACCACUUACAAACUUUACAAUAAGGGCUUUGAUGAGGGACGUAUAUUCAAUAGGAUAUUAUCCCCAAUUGCCAUGCCCUGUUGAUUUAUUCAUCGACAUUAUCCAGAUCAACCGUUUGCGGUCCCUGGCAAUAAAUCAGAGGCCAGAAGAUACCAUGAGGCGAAUCCAAUCCGAAGCAGAAACCUUGUUGAAGAAGAUGUUACAAUUCUCUUUCACCGAAUGGAUCAAUACAAUGGAAGUUGAAGGGAAAGCUUUGUUCAAUGAAUAUCUGAUGAUGGGCAAGAUCUACCAGUCUGCUGUAGUUCUAUUUGGUGUCUCAUCAUUGCAAAGUGCCAGGGCGAUUCCAUUAUCAGAAGAGUGGAUGGUUGUCAAAAACAGUCAUAUCGAGAGGCUUUUUUCUCUUCUUAAAAAGUCCACUGCCUCCCAAGCUCUCAGAAUGUGUACAACAUGGCCAAUGAUCGUGGCUGGUUUCGAAGCAAAGGCCGGGAGUCCCUCAAUGAGAGCAUUUAUUCUGGGGCACAUGGAGGAGGAUAGUCGACAGCUCGGCAUAUACUUACCGGUUGCUGCCAAGGGUGUUCUUGAGAGGUUCUAUGCAUCCGCUGGGGAAGCUUGGGAUGAUUGUUUCGACAGUCCGAAUGCUUUAUUUACGUAG